GACAGUUAGUGAUUGUCUGUCUGGUUGGUGAAUGUAUGUUUACAUUUAUUAAAACGAACGAUUUAUAAGACGAUUUUAAAUAAAUAUAACAUAAACUUAAUGAUUUAAAGAACGAAUACUCAAGAUAAUUUUUACUUUAACCUAUUCAUGAAAGUAUUGCAAAAAAAUGAAUAAAAUCUGUAGAAUAUGUUUAGAAGAAGGAGUGCUUUCAUCAAUAUUCACCAAAAACUUUAAUCUCACAUUAUGUGAAAUGAUAGAGUAUUCUUCCAAUAUUAAAAUAAGCAAAAAUGAUGGAUUACCAGAACAAAUGUGCAGUAAUUGUGUGUACAAACUUGGAAUUGCAUAUCAUUUCAAACAAACGUGUGAAAGAGCCGAUGUUCGGUUGCGCCAGUAUUUGGGAUUGCACACAAUAGAGAAAUUUACUGAUGUUGCUGUGAUGACUGAUCCUAUUAUGCCCAUUAGAACAACAAUUAUAAAAAAAUGUAAAUGCAUGAACCAAAGAAAACCUACCAGCAACUAUAGAAGGAAAGCAGAAUCUGAAAAACAAAAACGUGGGCCAAAGCCGAAGCCUAAACAAGAGCAUAACUGUUACCAAUGUAAUAAACAGUUCCGAUGCCAGGCACAGCUGGAAAUGCAUGUAAGGACACACACUGGGGACAAGCCUUUUGGAUGCAUGUACUGUACUCGUCGGUUCACACAAAAACACAAUUUGACUAUACAUUUACGCAUCCACACAGGAGAGAAGCCUUUUCAAUGUGAGGUUUGCAGUAAACGGUUUUCGGCUCAAGGCAAUCUUCAGGCGCAUCUCAAAAUACAUACAGGCCAGAGAGAUCAUAUAUGUUCGAUAUGCAACAAGUCAUUUAUAACGUCGAGCGAGCUGACACGUCACAUGGGGAAGCACAGAGGCGUCAAGAACUUUAAAUGCGAUGUGUGCGGCCUGGCCUACGUGCAGGCCAGGGAUCUCAAAAUACACAAGCAAAAGAAGCAUCAAGCCGCGGAGGAGAAUGUUAAAAAUCCUAAUGACGGAUUUAAUAAUGCCAACAUAGAUAUAAUUGGUAUAGAUGUGGGCAAAGAUGUCGCACCUGUGUUGCCAACUCCUGUGAAGGAUGCGAAUCACCAUAUUGAGCAUUUAAUAGAACCCAAACCACAUGAAAAUCCAUCUGAACAGAGUCAUAAUAUAUUAUCGUUUGAGCAUAGAGGGUUAAAGGAUAUUUAUCCUACUCACCACCCAUAUCCAAAGAAUGUUGCUGAUAGUCAUAAUUGUGCCAUUUGUGGAGAAGGCUUUGAAUACUUAACUGCUUUAGCACAGCAUCACCUUCAGUAUCAUAAGGGUUAUGAACCAUUACAUAGCAUGAAAAGCUACAGCGCCUUAUGAAUUGAACAAAGUGGGGUCAGCGACUGACAUUUAAUUUUACUGUAAAGGCCUACUUUGCCUUUAUUAGCGAUUUAUUUUUCUGCUUUACUAUCUCAGCAUUAAAUAGAUACUUGGUAGCAGUCAUGACAAUUAUGUGGAACUUCUAUGUCAUAAUAAAAAAAAUAUAGUUUC